AUGCUGAGUGGUGAGUUCAGGUUACAUAUCCCUCGAGAGCUGAUUGUCGGCGAUAAGAAAAUCAAGGAAGAGGAUGACGUUUCAACUGUAGCGGGUGGUGAACCAGAAGAAGGAAUGGGUAUGGUGCACGGUCGAGAUGAUGACGAUGUGGACAGUGAAGACGAUCUGCAACAAAUCGGCGAGUUGCAGCCGUCCACCAGUAAAUCGCGAACGUCAGUUAGUACGACGUCGAGUCGAAGACGUUCAACGCUUGAUAUGGACGAUUAUUUGUAUGGACCGCAGAAGUCGAUUCAGCGAAGGAGAGCUGACCCAAGAGUAUCAAUGUCAAUCCAACUGAACGAAAUAUUCAGUGAUCUACGUGCUCUUCCUGGUACCGAGCACUUAAUGUUCCCUGUCAACGCCAAAAAGGUUUGCACUCUAAAGUCUUAG